AUGGGACGCUGGCUAGACGAUGGUCCUCACAUGCCCGCCGGGAUGGAACGCAUAGGCUAUGACUCAGAUACACAACGUUACACGUUCCGCGACAGCGAUGGUUGCAUAUACGAGGGUAACGAGUACGGAGGCACGCUCACCCUCAUCUCGCGGCCGCAGAAGGGACAAGAUGAUGAGCCGAUACGGCUGAUGCCCAACAGUCCGCCGCGGCUGCAGACGAAGGUCAAAGGCGUUCCAGAGUCAUGGACGUCGGCGACGUCGUUCCACGAUAUUUUGCCCUCGCAGAAGAUCGUGUGCGCGCCGCCACCUGAGCCACCACGCCGCAAAGCGACGGUUAAGGGACCCUCGAGCCCCUUACAACGCUCCAAGACAACAUCAAGCCAGAGAUCGCUGUGGAAUACCGUGUACGGUGCUGCGGUGUCGUCGAAGCCCAGUCUGCGGGAAGUCGUUGAGUCGGUCACACGUCGGCGGUCGUCAAACUCGAAGACGAGCCCCGGACACGAGCACGGGCGUGAUGAAAGUUAUGCGCGGCUGAGUGAGCAGUCCGAUACUCGGUUUCUGCGGCCGCCGCAUUCGAGAGGGCACAUGAGGGGACCUUCUGUCUAGUAUGCAAAUACGGUUUCUCAAUUGCAUGUCGUCGUACUACUGGUCUCUUCACUCAUGCAUUAUAUCUGUACUACUACAAAUAUCGCACUGCUGUCACUUCAUGCCAAAAGUAGCGUUACCGGCAACAUAGGGUUAUAUUGAUACUCCUGCUA